AUGUUUCAGGAGUUAUUUUCACUCCGUGUUCAUACCCUUUUCACUGAAUCAUUGGCAUCAAUUGUAUCUGUUGAGCAGUUCGACAAAAGGACUUCGAAUAUCGUCAAGGCAAACAAGGCCGCUGUUGCUUUCUGUAAAGGCAAGGCUUUUAGCCCCGCUGCAGGUUGCGACUGCUGGUGCCAGAAAUCAGGCUACAUCACUUGGCAGGUCUGGAAAGAAGAAUCAGCAAGGAGAGUGCCAAAUUUCGCUAUCACGAUGGGAAAUAAAUGGCACCAACGCAAACCACUUCUGUGUUUCUUGCAGACGGCUAGAUUUGGUCCUCGUUUUCCAAGACCACACCUGAUCAUUCUAAAAUCUUCCUUUAAUGGAGUUAGACCAUUAUCACUUCCUCUUCGUUCGUCUUAUUACUUUUUCCAUUGCUAUUCUUGGUCUUUUUCUUCAUUUUUUUCUCGAAUGUGUCUUUCGUCUUUUACUUUUUUGACAUUUACUUCUUUUGAACGAAUGACAUCACAUAAAACAUAUUUUCUUUCUUCUCCUUUUACUACUCUCUUUCUCCAGUCUUAUUCUCUCUAUUGCUUUCAGUUAUUCCUCUUUUUUCUCCUUCCUUUCUCUGUCUUUUGUUCCAAACAACUCUCUUUUAUCAAUAAUUGUUCACCUCUUUCUUACGUUAUCUUUUCCUUUUCCGUUUUGAAAUUUUCACCUUUAUAUUAUCAUUUUUUUUUCUUUCUUUUUUUGUUUCUCUUUCUCAAUUAUAAAUUUCUUCUUUUUAAAAUUCUUCUCUUUUCUUUCUCGUAUCAUUUUUUCUUUCUUUCUUUCUUUCUUUCUUUCUUUCUUUCUUUCUUUCUUUCUACUGUAAAAGAUUUCCUUCUUUACAAUUGUUCAUUUCUCUCUCUUUUUCUAUAUUCCUCCCACUCUCAACUUCCUCUUUUAUUUCCUUUUUUCUCGCUUCGUCUUUCUUCCACUCUUUGUCACUUCUACUCUCACUUUCGUUUUUCUAUUCCCUACUUUCUCAGUCCUCCUUCUUUCCUCUCACUCCUCCUUCUCUCUUCCCUUUUCACUCUCUUCUCUUUGCCUAUUAUCCUUUCUCCCUUUCGCUCUCUAUUCUUUUUUAUUCCUCUCUGUAGCUUCUCUUUUAUUCCCCUUUCUCUAGCUUCUCUCUUUCUUUCUCUGUCACCCUCUUCUUUUUAUUUCUUUCAGUCGCUUCCCCUUUCUUUAAUGUUCUCUUUGCCAUACUCUUCUUUUUCGAAGUUUGUUUUUCUAUUUCUUCUUUUCACUUUCACUUUCUCUCUACUCUCUGUAUCCUUAUACAUGCAUUUUUUUAUUUACCUAUCUCGCGUUUUAAUCAAUGCUCUCUCUUUUUCACUAUCGUCACUCUCCUUAUUUAGUUCUUUUGUUAUUAUCCCCCUCUUUAUGUUCGCCUUUAUUACAUUCCCCUCUUCCUCACCCCAUCUCUUUCUCUCUCUAUUUACCUUUUUUUUUCAUUUUCAAUUCUUUUCCCUUUAUACUCUUUUCUCUUUUAGACAUUUUUAUGAUUAUUUCUCAUCUUUACAUUUGCAAGUUUUGUCACUCCUUUGUUCAUUAUGUCCCUCUUUCCCCCUCAUCCAGAUAAUCUUUUUAACAUUUUUCUUAUGUCAAUUCUUCCGUCUUAAUUUUCCCUUGAUUCUCUCUUUUUCUUUGGACUUACGGAUUUUUAUCUCAACAUUUUCUGUGCUUAACAACUAUUUUUAUUUCUGCUAUUUUUUUUUAUCUAUCUAUCUAUCUAUCUAUCUAUCUAUCUAUCUAUCUAUCUAUCUAUUGCCGUCUAUUGAUAUGUAUCUAUCUAUCUAUCUAUCUAUCUAUCUAUCUAUCUAUCUAUCUCAAUUUAAAUUGCUGGUAAUAUUUUCUUUCUUUCUAUCUAUCUAUCUAUCUAUCUAUCUAUCUAUCUAUCUAUCUAUCUAUCUCAAAAAAAUUAUUCGGCUUGACCAAACUUCCCUGUCUAAACUUUUUUCUAUCUAUCUAUCUAUCUAUUCAUCUAUCUAUCUAUCUAUCUAUCUAUCUAUCUCAUCAAUUUCUUUCUUUCUAGCUUUCUCAGUCAAUUUCUUUCUUUCUAUCUAUCUAUCUAUCUAUCUAUCUAUCUAUCUAUCUAUCUAUCUAUCUAUCUAUCUAUCUCAGUCAAUUUCUUUCUUUCUAGCUUUCUCAGUCAAUUUCUUUCUUUCUAUCUAUCUAUCUAUCUAUCUAUCUAUCUAUCUAUCUAUCUCAGUCAAUUUCUUUCUUUCUAGCUUUCUCAGUCAAUUUCUUUUCUUUCUAUCUAUCUAUCUAUCUCAUCAAUUUCUUUCUUUCUAUCCUUUCUUCAAUUUCUUUCUAUCUAUCUAUCUAUUCAUCUAUUCAUCUAUCCUAUCUAUCUAUCUAUCUAUCUCAGUCUGUUUCUUCCUUUCUAUCUAUCUAUCUAUCUAUCUAUCUAUCUAUCUAUCUAUCUAUCUAUCUCAGUCUAUUCAUUCCUUUCUUUUAUCUAUCUAUCUAUCUAUCUAG